GAGAAAAUAUUGUCAUAACGUGCCCCACAAGUCGGGCCACUCAUGCAUGCUGCUGAGACGAAACAGUUGAAAGUAGCGCGCAACCUUCCGCUGUCACAUCUAACAAAGCGAUACCGGCUCGUAACAACUUCAAGCUAAAUCUUCGAGUGCCGGAAACUUGUAGGAUUGUUGAAAGGAAGCAAACGGCAAAAGCCUCGACAUAGUGCAGCUUUCGGUAGAGAUCGUCAUCGUGUUUGUGUUGCUGCUUUUGAUGUCGGACAGUAUACCUACGUGAGACGGUUUAUAUUUGUUUCAUGGUGAAAUAAACAAUGAAAGAGGGUUGAUAGUUAAACUGUAAUUUGUUAAAAAUUGAAAAUUCAAUUUGCGGGUCAAAAAUUUUCAGUAAAAUCGUAAAAAGCACCUAUAAACAAUUGUCAUUGACAUUUUCUCGAGCGGAACCACAUGCGAGAGGAGAUCAACCAGGAAUGUUUAUGAGGUCUUGCCUGGGGUGUAUGUGAAUAAAUGAUAUUAUUUUUUAAUUGCUAGUUGUUGAAACAAUAAAAACGAAACAACAGUGUACGGUGCAACUCGUUGUCCGGUUCGAAGUGUACAUCGAACUAGUUUUUUAUAAUUAAAAGCGUCUCCAAGCGGUAUCUGUGGUAGUGAGAUUUCUGAGAAAAAUUGAAAUAUGCUUGCUCACUGGCAAUUCUAGUUUCAUAUAGCAAGAGCUGUUAAGUGGAAAUUGUACGACCCAGUCAGGUUGUUAAAUUGGCUCGCCAUUUCCGUGGACCGUAACAACAACGACGACGACGACAACGAUUCGUUCGCUAGGCAAUACCUGGAAAUUUGGUGCGCUCUGUUCGGGUCCAAUGGGUGUGCGCCUGUCACCGUGACACCAACCAGCGGAAGUGGUUCGACCAGAAAGAAUAAAAUUUUGAUCAGUGAGACGAGACCUCUACAGUCAGAAACAAGUAAACGCUGAACCAGCGCUCCCUUAGUGUUGGAUUAGGAAAUAUCGGUACGCUCGACCGACAAACGAAAUCGAGGGCGCUGCAAUAAAGAAUACAAAGACGAAAAAAACCUGUGAAGAUAUAUUGUUGCAACGAGAUGGUCUGUUUGAUUAAUUAAUAAGCAUAUUAGUGUCGUUGUUUAUUGUGUUGACAGAAUCAUACAGUGUGUCGUUUUAGUUGUUGUGCGUCAUAAAGUUAUUGUCGGAACGCUUUGGCUGCAUCACACAAACACGUCACGCAAGCCGCAAUCAGUUAGAUCGCGGCAACGGCUCGAGUUAAGCCUUAUCAAUUUGAAUUUGAACGCUAAGCAUAAAUAUAAUCACAUCAUCAUGGUACGGUACACGUCAGACAGACCUUCGCGGGUAGCGAUGGUGGUGCGAAAGAGGUGGCAGUUUGCAGGUGACAGCAAAUUGUUGACGUCACUGAUGGUCACCUUUUUUGCGAUCUGCUGUGCCCCGGUGCGUGUCUACGGUGAGGACCACUGCAGUGAGCAUCGGUACAACAAUUCGCUUGCUACUGAGUACAUGCAGUUCACCAAAGAAGCUCCAGACCAGGAAUAUGGUAUUUUUGGCCAGUUUAAAAGCUUGCACUGCUGUGCCAAAGGAUAUCGCAGUAUAGAAUGGUUUAAGAAUGGUCAACCAUAUCCGUGGGGUAGUGACAUAUCGUCGUUGAUCGUGUACCCGGAGGCAGCCAAUCAAACUAUCUAUACACACCGGAUAUCGGAGACGGACAUCGGCAACUACACCUGUGUGCUACGUAAUGAUUCCAGCAUCAUACGGCAUGACAUCGAGCUGCGAAUGCAAGAGGACAAACCGGACUACCCGCUACCGACGUUCAAACCGAAAGACAUGAUAAGCAACCUGGGCGAGACGGCGCGAUUUUACUGCGAGGCGUUUGUGGGUAAACUAGACUUACCGGAUGCUACCAAUAAAAUCGUGUGGAUGCAGAUGGCGGACGACAAACCAGUGAUCGUAGUGGAUGCGAAUCAGAUGAAUGUGACAAGGGAGGACGGUCAAAUCAUUGGCUCCUAUCUGUCGAUACCGAAUAUCCAGCAGCAUCAUUUCGGCCGUUACCGAUGUCAGAUCACCUCGGGCAAUCUCGCUCGGCCCCUAGAGCUCAGUGUGCAGCUCUCGCCAGCACAAGUGACGGCUGUUGAAGAGUCGGAGUUCGAAUUUCUAGCACUCAUCAUCGUCGCCACAGUUGCGGCCAUGCUGGCCAUUAUGCUGUUCGUACUGUGCCGACUGGACAUUCGGAAGGACGAUAAUGACAAUCGCUGCUCUGCGCAGUUCAUCGCUGAUAACGAAAACGUGUAACAAGUAGUUUUGACUAAGUUAUAGAUUGUAGAUCCAUCCAUUUCAAAACAAACCUAUUUAUUUCAACCAAUUGUACGGCUCUAAGCUACGACUGUAAUUAUUAUUUGUUAAACAAUCCUCAGUACUAUAGUAUACGUUAUUUGGCUUUAUGCUGCCAACUUGUUAUUAACAGCAUCAGCAACAAACGAGACAAAUCGUUGUAAAUAUCUCAUUAUAGUUGUCCAACGUAUGACGGUUUAGUCUGUUAACGAAACGAUUCGAUUAUCCCUUAAUGCGGACAAACAUAAGGUAGAAGCUAAAUGGGAAAGCCAUUUAUGAGACUGACUAUUGUGAUUUGGUAGGAAUCUAUUCCUCUAUACUAUGCUGCCGCGUGCUGUAUAGUUCCCUAGCUAACAAAUCGGAACGUACAAAAACAAUCAGGAACGAGCUAAUGGUUCACAUUGACCACACAGGACGUUUUAAAACAACAUUGGACCUUAAUCUUCAAGAAAAAUGAUUGUUAUUAAACGAUAUUAUAGCAGCUGUUUGUAACAGAAAAGUCGAACGAUCGGUAUGUUAGCCGAACGAAAGUCAAUGCACUUUCGAAAAAUAAGUAUUAUUUCUCAUGUUUGCAUUAAAUUCAACAUUUCACUAUAAGCAAUAACACAGUUCGAGAUAAUAAAUGUACCAUACGCCAGGUCAAACAAUUUUGACACAAUGGUAUCCCAAUAUGUAUGUGAAAACUUGAAACAUAUUUCAACGUAUAACUAAUACCAGUGAGCAAACAGCACAAAGUGGUCAUUUUUGUUCUUGAGCAUUCCAAUCGACACCAAACAUAGUUUGGAGAUAAAGUUAAUGGGAUUCAUCUGUUCGUGGAAAGUAGUAAAAACUUUUCGGUUUACACCACCACGGGUUUAUUUGGUAACUCGUGCUUGCGUUGCGCAAAUGAACAAACAGAA